GGGCGUGGCUCCAAAACUGCUGGCAAAUAUAAAAGUCUGGAGAGCCGGCACCAGUCUGCAGACCAGCAGGAGGCACAGGGAGACUGCAAGCCACUCUGCUCCUGGGCCUUGGAAGUGAUGCCUAUGGCGUCCCCCCAAACCCUGCUCUUCUGCCUGCUAGUCCUGGCAAUCCCUGAAAGCUGGGGUCAGGAGACAGCCAUCCCAGGCUGCCACAUGCACCCCUUCAACGUGACAGUGCGAAGUGACCGCCAAGGCACCUGCCAGGGCUCCCAUGUGGCACAGGCCUGCGUGGGCCACUGUGAGUCCAGUGCCUUCCCUUCCCGGUACUCUGUGCUGGUGGCCAGUGGCUAUCGACACAACAUCACCUCCGUCUCUCAGUGCUGCACCAUCAGCAGCCUGAAGAAGGUGAAGGUGCAGCUGCAGUGUGUGGGGAACCGGAGGGAGGAGCUCGAGAUCUUCACGGCCAGGGCCUGCCAGUGUGACAUGUGUCGCCUCUCACGCUACUAGCCCACCCUCUUCCCUCCUUCCUCCCCUGGGUCACAGGGCUUGAUGUUCUGGUGGGAAAAACCUGGGUCUGGGACUUAAAAACUGGGAGUUCCAACUCUGCUAGUUACUUGCUAUGGGAUUUUUUUAAAUGAAGGGGUUUCUCCAACUCUGACCCUUUUAAGAUUUUGCAAUUGUCACCUUCUGGGAAGGGGGAAGAUUCUGCCUUUGCUCUGCCUCUUCCUGGCCCUUCUAACCAGUCUUUUAUCAUUUCACUUUCCUCUUUGCCCCUACCCCUAAAUAAAGCAAGCAGUUCUUGA